AUGGCGACCACUCGACCUCCACCAUCUCAGAAGCUGAACCCUCUUGCGGUAGCCAAGGGACAAAGGUUCAUCUGUGAGCUCACAGGGAAGCAAGCAUCUAUUAUUGUCUACUUCUACGGGGUUCCAUACUACUACUAUGACAGGACGACACUGGAACUCGAUUGGAACGGAAUCAAGUCAAAGAUUGCCCAGAUGUUGGUUCCUCUUCGACAGCCUCCUUCCGUCUUCCCCACGGUCGAGGAGAGAGAGAAGCAGGAAGCGAGCGUGCGUAAAAGCAAGCUGGCACUCAUCGAACUCUGCCGGAUGGAAGCGACGAAAUAUCUGGUGCAUGGAGACUUUGAGCUUUCUAUACCCGGAGCAGUUCAAGCUCUGCGGUUCUCAUUAGAUAUCUAUGGGUCAGGGAAAAUCGAAUUGGUUCCUUGUUACCUUUUACUGGCAGAAGCAAAUCUUGGAUUGGGAAGGCACAAACAAGCAGAGGAAUACCUCUCGCUCGCCAACUGGAGUAUCCUCAAGAAUCCGGACUGUAGCAACAGAACGAAGUCUCAACUCUAUCGCAACUUUGGCAAACUAUAUGCUUCUCAGCUCCAGCUCCAGCUCCAGCUCCAGCUCCAGCUCUUACUUCGUAUCCCUUUUGUCCUCCUCACGCUUCCUCAUCUGUUCACUUCACUCCUCCUUCUCCUCUCUUCCUCGAACCCUCUCGCCGGCUUGUCUCAUCACGUGGACUGGCAGGGGAAGCAUGACGAGGCGCUGCGACAGCUUGCCAAUGAUGUUUACUUCUCCUCCCUGCAAGUUGGACCAGAGCAUAUGGAGACAGCGGGGGGGUACUACUUCCUGGCCACGGUCUUCUACCUCCAGAAGAGGAUCGACUGUGCGCUUGCCAUGUGCGACAAGGUGGUGGAGAUCUGGUUGAAGCACGUGCAGGAAGGAGCCGAGCCACCAGAGCAGCUCGUAGAGAGUCAGUUGAUGGAUGGGCUGCAAACUCUCACUAAGAUCGUGGCGUUGCGGGAAGAGACCAUGGGCCCGGAUCACAUAACCACAGGAGAAGCACUAUUUACCGUCUCACUCCUGUACGCCUAUGCGCAGGAUAAUCAGCGAGCCCUGCAACUCAUGGAGAAGGCGUACUCCAUCUACUUCUGGGAGCUCGGAGAAGACUCUCUCCGAACGAUUGAAGUUGCUGAGUCGAUUCGCUCCCUCGGCGGAACCCCACAGUCGGAGCCGACGGAAAUGCCGGCGCAUCUCAGAUCAUUUGAAAACCGAGGUUGGGGCCUUCACCCGCAAGAUUCAGUACUGGAACUAACCAACUGA